UAAAAAAUAUUAAGUUCAUAAAUAAUCAAGUGGAGGAAUGCAUAGUGUUGAGGAAUUGAUAGAUAGUUGAGAUAAAAAUAAUAAAAAUGCUUGUCUAAAAUGACACAUAAACAAUUAUGAUAUCAUUGCCACAUUUUAAGUUUUAUUUUUUAAGACAGUUUUAAAUAAAAUAAAAUAUAAAUGUGACAUUUCAAAAUGAACAAUUCAAAUAGUUUAGAAAUUGAACGGCAAUCUUUAUUAAAAGAUCUAAAAAAUACCGUCGAAGGGUUAUUAAUCAGUCAAGUGACAAAUGUAUGGAAUGUUUACGGAGGUUUAAAUCGUUUACAUCAGGCCAUGGAAAAAAUAUUUCGUCAUCAUUGUAAAAUUUUUCGAAUAGAAGAUGGUGAACCUGAUUGUAUGGCAUUUAUACAGGGUUUAGACUGGUUACAACCAAAUUCAUCAUCGGUGAAUGUUGAAUCAGUUUACCAACCACAUAUUCCGGUACAUUUAAAAUCUGAUAAAGCUUCUAUUUGGCUCUAUCGAAGUUUAGAAAACCAUUCUUUAUCACAAAAAUUAUCAUGGUUAAUAUCAGAUCGAGAACAUUUGUUAACAUGUUAUGAACCAACGGCGUUCUUAUGUCAAGAAAAUUACUGUGAAGCUACAAUUAUUUGUUUAAGAGCAUUAGAACAAUAUCAACCUGGCUUAUUAUCUGAAAUAAACCCAACAUUGUUAUUAACAAAUUUUGAAAUAAAAGAUCGAUCACAUCGCCGAAGUUCUUCAUUUCCAAGUGUUGGAUCUAAUCAUGAGUGGGUAAAAAAAUCAAAUGAUAGUUCCGAAGAAAACAUGGUAGAAAAGGAGGCGAAAAAAAUAAAAGAAAAUAUUUCUUUUUUGCUUAGAGAUUUGAACAUAAAAGAUAAUGUUGAUGGUAAAGAUCAUGCAUAUGAAGAAAAACCAAAAUUAAAAAACGUUGGAAAAUUAAAACCUUGGAGUAGUUUAAAUGAUUUAAAAUAUGACGUAAACCAAAAAAAUAUUCGAUUUAGAAAACGAAGUGCUACAAUUUCAUUGAAGUUUUCCCAAACAAUGCCAAAUACUCCAAUGCACAAAAACGUUUCCUUCAUGUCAUCACGCGAGCAAAAAUUAUCCCCUAGUGUAUUAAGCGUUGAUUAUACUAAAAUUGCAUUAGAUAAUUCGAAAAUUAUGACACCGAAAAAAAUUAUUUACGAUAAUGAUUCCAUUUACGUUGAAAACGAAUCAAUUAUUACCACAUCUUCCCCACAAAAGGGUACCGAUUUAAAAUCAAGCGAUUCAAUAACACCGAUAAAAAAACUGACAAAAGCAGGUCAAAUAAUUUUAGGUUCCGGUUCCGAUUAUUCAUUUAUGCCAUUAACAGUUCAAGCUGGUAAAAAGGAUAUAAAUAGAUGCCCGAAAAAGAGUUUUAUCGAAGAUGGUGGAUCGAGCAUUACACCCAUGGCAACUGGAUAUUUCCCAAGACCUGUACAAGGACAAAGUCUGACUAGUUUUUUAUCAUCAGGUCAGUUUUCGCAUACUAGUGCAGAAUUGGAUAGAGAAAAUGCACAUUUUAGUAUAUCAGAAGCUAUGAUAGCAGCAAUUGAACAAGUUAAAUUUAAUAAUCGAAUGCGAAUUGAAGUUGAACAAACCGAAGAAAGUGAAGACGAAAUGCAUCAUUUACAACAGCGUAUACGAUUUCGGAGAAAACAUAAAUUAAAAAAGAAAGUCCAUCGAGUUAUAAGCGACGACGAUGAUGAAUCAACAAUCACUCCUAGAUCAACCCCACCAGAUUCACAGGAUGAUACUCUAAGUACAGAUGGGGGUAUCGACGAUUUUGAAAUAGAUUCUGCAUCAAAUUUAGCACAUUCUCAUAGUGUUUCUGUGUCACUAGCAUCACUUUAUUCUGGAUCAGAUGUAUUAAAACGACCUCGAGAAGCCCCUGAUGGACAAUCAGAUUGUGUUUUAUCAGCGGAAGGUGUUGCUUUAUCAUUAAUCAGUAAAUUUAAACCAAAACAAUUACCAAAGGCAUCAGAGCUACAAUGGUUAGUUUCAGAAUUGGAAGUUCCUCAGCAGUUAUUACCCUUGCCAACAAGUUGGCCUAUAAGCCCAGAUGCAUCGGUUUCAUCUUCACCUGAUCAUAUAACACCUUUACGAGGAACUGUAGAUUGGGCUCCGCCUAGACCGCAAAUUAUAUUUACUCUGCAUCCUGUUCCAAUACGUCGAGAGUUAAUGGAUAAACAGAAUUAUCGAUGUGCUGGAUGUGGAAUGCGAGUGGCAGUACAAUAUGCAUCACGAUUUAGAUAUUGCGAUUAUUUGGGUAGAUAUUUUUGUACUGGAUGUCACAGCAAUCAAUUAGCUUUAAUUCCGGGACGUAUUUUGCAUAAAUGGGAUUUUAAUAGGUAUCCUGUUUCAAAUUUUUCAUAUCGUUUGUUAGAUCAAAUGAGUGUUGAUCCAUUAUUUAACAUUGGUGACAUUAAUCCUGGUUUAUAUCGAAAAAAUCGACAACUUGAAAAAUGUCGUGAUUUACGAUUACAGUUAUAUUUUCUUAAAAGUUUUGUUUUAACGUGUAGAUUUGCAGUAACGAUUCAAAAUAUAUUAAAGACAGAAAAUUCAUAUAUUUAUGCAGAACCAGAAUUAUAUUCAAUUAAUGAUUUAUGUUCGAUAAAGAAAGGAGAUAUGGUAAUGAGACUGAAAGAAAGAGUGGAAACUGCACUCCUUCAUGUAAAUACCUGUGAUCUUUGUAAAGCCCGUGGCUUUGUUUGUGAAGUUUGUUUAUCGGGUGAUAUUAUAUUUCCAUGGCAACUGCAAAAAGUUUCGCAAUGUCCAACUUGUGGGGCUUGUUACCAUAAAAAAAAGUGUUGGACAUACGAUCCUUGUGGAGUACCAUGCAAGCGAUGUGUGCGUUUGAAACAGCGGCGUGAGAGUCGACAAGAGGCUACAAUUGUCAACUAAUUUCUAUUUAAUUGAUAGAAAUCAUUGUAAUUCAUAGUAAAGUGUGUAAUUUGCACAAAAAUACGGAGUUGAAGUAUGUGAAACAUUAAAAAUAUUAUUAAUAUGAUUGUAUACUCGAAUUUUCUUAGUAUUAGGUAACAUUCGUUUACACCGUCCAUUUAAAAUAGUUCAAUCUAAAAGGCAUAGAUAAAGAGUAAUCAAGUUUUAUAAUUGAAAAGAAAGUACAAGUGUAAUUGUUUCGAUAAAUCACAUUUGUAUAUUGUAGGUGCCUUUUAUUAUAGAAUCCAAAAUUGUAGCACAAAAAUGAGUGUUAAUUUUUUUACCGUUUCUUUAUAAUAAAGCCAAAUUACACAAUAAUAAAUAGAAUCCGCCUAUAAUCUUUAGAGAAAAACGCUUUUCCUGACCAAAGUGACCU